AGCAGAAUCAAGCUCGAAUAUUCAAACCUCCCCCACUUUCCCUCUCCACUUUCUCUCUCUAAGAUUCGUCCAUAUGCGACGCCGCGACCUCGACUCUUCCCCUCCCCUCCCCACCCUUAAUUAUAUUUGAUGGAAUCUCUUUCUUGCUUCUUACUCUAACCUUAAUCCUUAAACAAAUCUUAUCACUUUCGCUUUGCUUAUAUAUACGCCUAAUCACUUAUCCCUAUCUAUAUCUUAGUAUCUGCUAAUGUAAUAAAAUGGUGAUUAACGGCCAUAAUCACAGUGGUUUGUCGGAGAAUAUGCAGAGGUGCUGUGAUUACAUCAAGGCGUUGGAGGAAGAGCGCGCCAAGAUUCAAGUUUUCCAACGCGAACUCCCUCUCUGUCUCGAGCUCGUCACACAAGCGAUUGAGACAUGCAGACAGCAGCUGUCGGAAACGACGACCGAUCACAAUUUACAUGGCCAAUCGGAUUGUUCGGAGCAUACAUCUAGUCAUGUUUUUGAGGAGUUUAUUCCGAUGAAGAGGGCUUCUCCCGAUAGCGACGGAGAAGAAGAAGAAGAAGAAGAGGAUUCGAAGAAUAAUGAAAGCGUUAAGAAAUCGGAUUGGCUUAGAUCCGUACAGCUGUGGAAUCAAACUCCAGAUCCAUCUUCUAAAGAGGAUUCGGGUACUGUGAAACUUACUGGGUCGGAGGUGAAGAGAGAUGGCGGCGGCGCAUUCCAUCCCUUUAAGAAAGUUGUCAGUGAUGCAUCUACCAGUUCCACGGCGGAGAACGGCGAUAAGAAGGAGGCGCAGAGAAAGGCGAGGAGGUGUUGGUCGCCGGAAUUGCAUAGGAGAUUCUUGCAAGCUCUUCAACAACUAGGAGGCUCACAUGUGGCCACACCGAAACAAAUUAGGGAAUUGAUGAAGGUUGAUGGACUCACAAAUGAUGAAGUUAAGAGUCAUUUACAGAAAUAUCGGUUGCACACGAGAAGGCCAAGCUCCUCAAGUCAUAGCAACAAUGCACAAACACCUCAAUUCGUGGUGGUUGGAGGAUUAUGGAUGCCGUCCGAAUAUACUUCCACCGCAUCCGUGAAGGCGCCCAAUGGCACCACCUUUGCUUCACCGCCACCACCCUUCCAAGAGCCACUACCGUCUCCUAAAAAAAGGCAACAAGUUAAGGCUUCAUCACAGUCUACCGGUGGCGCUCAGUCUUGCUCUGCGGCCACCUCCUCCUCCGGUCACACGACCACCGCGGUCUCACCGGCUUGCUAGCUUUCUCUCGUGUAGAGAUAGAUACUCACAGUCGCUACUCGCGCAUGUUACAUUAUAGAGUGAUAUUGAGUUCGGAUAUUUUGUACAUUUUUUUUUGUGAAAUUAUAAAUGUUUUGUAAUGUUAUGGGUA